AUGGUGGAGAAGAGCGAGUUUCGAAGCCAUGGAGCUCAGGCUGUGGGCAUGCUGACGUCUCAGAUGGCGAGCACAGACUACGCUUACUUCAUUAAGUGGCUGUCUAACUUCUCCAGACACUCAAAGAUGGUGCACCGGCUUUUCUCUGUGGAUGUGGUGAUGGUUUUGCUGGAGCAGCCAGAAAGAAGACCGGAGGAGUGUCAGGAUCCGGAUCUUGUCUGUUUCCUGACACACAAGUUCCUCAUCCAGAACCUGCUGUUUGCUCGGCGGAUGGACGAAUCUCCCACUGUCCAAGGCCAUGCCCUGAACUGCCUGGCUCAGUGCCUUGAGCUGCCUUCUCUCAAUGCUACCAAAGCUAUCCACAACCUCUUCUCUGCCUCUGGUACCCAGACCGUGCUGGAAGGUGAAAUCACAGAAGGAACUCUCAGUACCCAGCACACUCAGAAGACCUACCCCACUCUGCCAUUCAGGACUGUGGAGCUCAGCAGCACUGACAGCUCUGGUUGUACAGUGAGAAACAACGUGGCCCUCCUCCUGCGGCACGUGAAAGACUCAAAGACUAAUGUGAGGAAGGCAGCACUGCAGGCCAUGGUGGGUCUCCUGAAACAUGAUGUAAUCCCCAUGACUUGGGAGAACCUUGAGACUUUGUCAGAGCGCUGCAGAGACCCAGCUGUGUCUGUGAAGAAGAAGGCCCUGCAGUGUGUGGGAGAGCUGCUCAGUGCUAAACCAGAGUGCAGUGUGGUGCAAAAGGCGUGGCUGCAGGGUGUGGUGCCUGCUGUGGUGGACCCUGAGAACUCAGUGCAAGACAAGGCCCUGGAGGCUCUGGACCUGGUGUUGCUCAAUCAGAUCAAGCCAUACUCUGUUAACUGCCACCUGGAUGCCAGUCAGAGGCUGACCUGGAACCUGCUGAGCCUGCUGUGUCACGAGUGCCAGAACCUCAGUCGCUAUUUUAGCAGAGCCUUCACCAUCUGGUCCAAACAGAAGAAGUUCACACCAGUAUUUAUCACCAGCCUGAUCUCUCACACUGAGGCUGAUCAUGCUGCUGGGGCCUGGCUGCUCCUCUCCAAGGUCGCUGCUUCGUCCCCCAAACUGCCUUGUGGCAAGAUCCUGGACGCCUGGGACACCAUGAUCAGUUCAAAGGAUGUAAAUGUAACAACGUGCUGUCAUAUCCUGUGUGUGAUGGGAGACAUUGCCAGACAUUUGAAUGAAGAAACCAAGGACAGGGUAGUUGGUGAUCUGAUGUCCUGGUUGAAGACUUUCACUUUGCCUCUGGAGAUGAUCAGUUCUGCUGUUGAGACUCUUUAUCAGCUUGGCUGCAGUGAAGACAUGAAGCAGACUCAGGCUUUUCUGAACCAGCACUGCGGUGAGCUGGUGUUGAUGUGCGAGUCAUAUUUAGCCAGCAUCAUCCUGACUGAAAACAGAGCUCAGGACCUCGAUGAGGAGCUGAUGGUGAAACACCUCCACACUUUGGGUGUGGCAUCACUUCAGUGUCCUGCCAAAGUUAGCAAGAGGACGGUGCUGCUGGUGGAAUCCGUCCUGACGACACAUUCUGACAAACUGGCAGAGUGCCAGAAGGAGCUGCCAGGGUCGCUGCCUCUGUCUCAGUUCAAAGCAAACUCUCUGCCUACAAGGGUGAGGGCCCAUGGAGUCAUCACCUUAGGUAAAUUGUCUCUGCUGCAUGAAGAACUAGUCCAAAAGUACCUGCCUGUGUUUGCCAGGGAGUUGGAGCUCGGCACAGAGGUUUCUGUACGCAACAACAUUAUUGUGAUCAUGUGUGAUCUGUGUGUUCGGUACACCAACAUAGUGGAUCACUAUAUCCCCAACAUCUCUGCCUGUCUGCGAGACAGUGAACCUGUUAUCAGGCAGCAGACUCUCAUCAUGCUGACCAAUCUGCUGCAGGAGGAAUUCGUGAAGUGGAAGGGCUCCCUCUUCUUCCGCUUCAUGGUGGCUCUGGUUGACCCGGUCCCUGCCAUCGCCAGUCUCACUGAAUACUGCCUGCUCCACCUGCUGCUGAAGAAGAACCCAGAAAUGUUCAGCCAGCACUUCAUUGAGUGCAUUUUCCAUUUCAACUCCUACAGCAAACACAAGUCCUACAACAAGUUCCCUCAGAGUGAGAGAGAAAAAGUUCAGUUCUCCCUGAAAGGGGAGCAGCACCGCGAGAAACGCUUUCGAAUCUACCGCUUCCUGUUGGAACACUUUACAGAUGCGCAGCGCUUCAACAUCACCAACAAGAUCAACCAGACCAUUUUAGCAUGCUUUGCUGAUGAAGAGCUGCCCCUGGAUGCAGAUGGUUCUGGCAUUUUGUCAGAGACUUUCAGCAUCUUGAGCCUUAAGGAGAUGAAGCUGCACGCCAUAUCUAGCUCAGCAGGAGUUGCUGCAGGGGAGGAAGCGGAGGAGGAGAACAUGGCUGCCAUGGCCAAAGCUGUCUUGCAGGCUGCGCAGAAGAAAGUGGUGUCACAGGUUCAGAAGAAGACCUUCAUCGAGAACACAGUUCCUCUCAUCAUCAGCCUGAAGAACCUGCUGGAGCAGAAGCACUCUCCUGUUCUUGGAAACCUCAUGUCCUACCUCCAGGUGACCAUGCAGGACUACCGUAACGAGGUGAAGGAGUUUUUCUCUGGAGACGAGCAGCUGGCUUCUGAAAUUGAGUUUGUUCUGAAGACAGCAGAAAAGGAGCGAGAGAUGCUGGAGCAGAUGAACACCUGCAGCCUGGCAGGAGAUGCCAAAACACCAAAGGCACAGGGUUCAGUCCAGGGCUCUCCUGUCAGAUCCAGGCCCCUGCUGCCAUUUAACUUUGCCACACCGCAACCACCUCGUCUGAACUUCCAGGCUGCUAGACUGUCACUCACUGAUCGUGUGCACAGAUCCAGGAGGGAGGAAGAUGUCCAGUCUAAAUCGAUCACUCUAGAAGGAACAGUGAUGGUAAAAGGAGCUGUGAAGGACAGAGCCAUCAGCACACCAAAAGGUUUCAACAUCAACUUAACUUUUGAUGAAGGUGUCAGUGCAAUCCUCAGUGACCAAGGCACAAGUGGAGAGAGCAGCGUUCUUCAUGUGCGAUCCAGUGAGCAGCAAGCUCCUGGACCGAGGCUGUGGAACGUGCAGUCUCCUCUGCGUCUGAGGAAGAGGAUUUAGUGGACAUUCAGUUUCUGUUGUUUUUCCCUGUGUACAUCUAUCAUUCUUACUACUCCUUAGAGCUUUAUUUCUUUUCAUUCUUUGGUUGCAUUUUGUUGCCUUCUAUGAAAUGGACAAAAUACACU